UCAUCGAUGGUUGUUUUUGAACGAUCGGCAUCUCUGCCAAUUUUGCUUGCAAACAAUUGAAUUGAAAUAUUUGUUUUUUCGUUAAUAGUGCCAAUUACACGCUGCUAUAUUAUUAUAUUUUAAAAUCCACUAAUAAUGUGGUAGCUUAAGCACAGAAAUAAUAAGUUUGUCAUAUCGGAGAAUAAUUUUUGAGAGCUUUUAAAAUGAGCAACGAAAGCCCCAAGAAAACGAUAUUUCCUUCAAACAUUCCCCAAAUGGAGAUCAAUAUAUCCAACGUGAAUUCCAAUGGCCAGAUCGUGUUGAAUGAUGUGUUGCUCAUGGAACUGCUCUGCAGGUACCACUUUCUCAUUAGCUGGCAGGAGACCGAUAAAGACGAGGAUUACGGCUCCUGGGGAUGGAGUCAGGUGACUAAGUCCUUCAACGAGAGCUAUGAAGGCGUAGAGUUGAGCACUCCAUUCUCGUUGGAUGAGCUGAAGUGGCGGUGGAGUCAACUUUCUCCGGUUAUCGGUGCCUUGUCCAAGGCAAAAGGACAAAUACCUGAUUCUUUGUGGCAGGUUAUGGGGAAUGUCCACAACCGAAUCACAAAAGAGAAGGAGCCGGCUGUGCCAAAGACCGAGUGCCAGGAAUUCCUUCUAAGUCAGUUGCAUACUCUGCAAUCUCUAUCACAGUUGGAACGACGGCGAUUGGAAGUGGAGGUUCUAGACCUAAUUUUGCAGCAAGACCACCUGGAGAACGCCACCCACAACCUCGGACCCAAGGAAGAGGAGGCGGCUCAGAGCGAAUACAAUGAGUUCUUAAAGGCAAUACGGGUCAAGGAGCUCCCAGCUGACACUUUAGAGCGUCUAGCAAUGGACGGAUUCUGCAUUACCCCGCAUACAAAUAAGAUGUUAGGAAUUAAUAAUCAAAAUAAUACACUGAGUUCCACAAUUGUCAGUAAUGGAUCAAUCGACCUUGUUGAAAUCAAAAGCGAACCAACGGAUGAAACUGAAAGUGCGGCUAAAUCUAAUACGGAAAAAAUUGAAAAUCUUCGCUACGUGCCACUGAAAAGUGCCAAGCAUUACAUUAAAAAGCUUCGCAUCCGGUUAAAGCGAUUGGACUUUGAUGAGAUUUUACCAUUAGCAAUCAUUCGACGAUCUAGUCGGUCUUCUUUGAAACCUUGACUUUGUUUCGUAUCAAAUGCACAUAAGUUUAUUAAAAAAUACAUUACUAUAAAUUACAACUUAA